ACAGUUAGUAGCUCCUCGAGAAAUAAUGUUGUUCAAAGCGUUACCAUUGUUCCUGGCAAUUGGCACAUCCCUGGCGAUGAUGCCGCUGAAGCCCAAGAUCGACUCCGAUCGCAGUCUAAUGGACUUUAUGCUUAGGUCGCGUGGAGUGGGCUCAAGUAACCCAGCACUGAACCAGUACUGCUUUAACCGCUACUUGCCAAUCUUGAAGGACAUUACGGAUCAGUACGAGGCUGACUAUGGCAAGUGUGUGGACACGUAUAAGGCGGAGUGUGAGGCAAUAGAUGCAAAAUACUACGAACCUCGUGAAAACUUCGCCGCAACAGCUAAAGAGACCUGCGAUGCACUGCUGAAAUGUGAUGAAAACGUCCCCUAUGUUGAUGCCUUUGACUGCUUCGCAAGCACAGGCUCCGAAUAUUCCAAAAAACUGUUCACUCUGUCAUCGGAUGCCGGUGAAUACGGCGGAAUCGUGAGGGAGCUGUAUCGUGCCGCUGACACCGUGGCCGAGUUCUGUGCCAACUAUGCCGAAAGAGUAUAUUGGGAAAAUACUGACAGCACGUAUGCUGAGCUCCAGAAAUGCCUGGAUGGUGAUAUCGUCGAGCCUUCUUCAACCCCGUCCACUACCAUGAAAACCACCGCAGAAACAGAAACAACAAUUGUAUAACUCGCCUAUACAUCAAUUAUUUGCAAAAAAGUUUAUAUAAAUCUGAUAUAGAACUGAUGAAAUUCUUAUAAUUGAUUAAAUUAUU